AUGGGAUGGUUCAUCUCGAUCCCACCUGAUAUUGUGAUAGUGUCCCUUUUCAGAGUAAGUCCGAACACGUUGUAUGUCACUCCCAAGUUGUCAACUGCUAGAACCUUUAUGACAAAUAGCUCUGGAUUAGUUCAGACUCGAAGACCUGAGGAAAACUAUCUCCUGUGAGAUUUGCCGCGGGAUGAGAGAAGUCUUAUCCCAAGAUGGUGGCAUUCAUCUUGCCAAUACCAAGAGAUCCACUACAAGGCCC